UCCAACUUCUAACUCCUCCCUUCUACUCUUUUGCCUAUAAAUAGAGCCCAAAACUCCAACCCCACAGCUCACACCUGCUCAAAAGCCUUCACAAAACAAAACCUUUUAGCAAGCAACAAAUAACCUCUCUCAACCGCUCAAUAACUCCAUCACUCUUCAGCCAAGAAAAUCAAGAAAAAUCAUGGUUUGCUUCUGUUUUCUAGUUGAUCAGACAAGGAAGGUGAGGAGGAGCAAACCGGCGGCCGGAAUUUGCUCAAGAUGCGGGGGAGGAGCUAGUGUGGCUGAUAUGAAGACUGCUACAAGAUUCUGCCAUGUACCCUUUUACUGGAAGACUUGGAGGGCUAUAAUAUGUACAUUUUGUGGAGCAAUUCUCAGGUCUUACCGCUGAAAACAGAGCAGUUGAAUCGUUGCUGCAGUUUUAGAUACUUCCACUAAUUAAUAUGAGUGUUUUGUACUGAAUUUGACAGGUUCUUUUUCAUGGAUUGUUCAUCAUGAUUAUAGAUAUUGGUUUAGAUGUACUAACUUAUUUUUAGUUUCUAGAAAACAGAAUAGGAAAUAAUCUGUUUCUGAGCUUAUGAGAGAUUUUUAAUGUUGAUUCUAUAUUUCUAUUUUCAUCUGUUGCCACUUGCCACUUGCCGUGAGUGGUGUGAAAGAAGGCCUUAUUUAUUGGUUUCAUCUGUUUUCUUCA